AUGGCUAAUGAAAAAGUGGAUUUUAGUUUGAAGGUGAUUUCUCCCAACAUUGGAGCCAAUAACAUUACAGGAAAUGGGGGAAUCACAACUGAGUCCGACCUUGUUGAAAUCAAUCUCUUCUUAUUUGUAAAAAUUGUCAGAGCUAGAAAUUUGUUUGUGCAAUAUGUCCAUUACAAUUUUGCUCCUUAUGUGGAGGUGAAAGCUGGGGAUUUUCAAGGGACAACCUUGUGCUACAGAGACAACUAUGAUCCACAAUGGAACCAAGUCUUUGCCCUUGACAAAGAUAAAGUUGAAACCGAAGAGAUAACAAGCGUUGAGAUUCUCGUGAAGGAUGAUGCUCUUAGGCCGUAUGAAUAUAUGGGUAAGAUUUCAUUGGAUGUUUCUGAUAUUUCUACAAGGUUUCCAUCUGAUAGUGCUCUAGCACCACAAUGGCAUGCACUAGAGGAUCAAUGCGGGAGACGUUGUAUGGGGGAGCUUAUGAUGUCUUGUUGGAUAGGAACUCAAGCUGAUGAAUCAUUUCAUGAAGCUUGGCAUUUACAAGUAGGUGUUGUGCAAAUUGGUUCUCAUAAUUUUGUUAAUACUUGCUCAAGGAUAUAUAUUAUGCCCAGGAUUUGGUGUCUUAGGUUUAAUUUGAUUCAAGUUGAAGGGCUUAUGCUUGAAGCUGACAUUUUCAUCCAAGCUACUUUGGGGAAUUGGACUUUCAAUACCAAGUUGGCGAAAAGCAAUGAUGGAAACGCAAUAUGGAAUGAAAAAGAUAUUUUAUUUGCUGUGGCUGAGCCAUUAGAUCAGAUAUUAGUUUUGAGUGUGGAGCAAGGAACAUUCACAAGGCACAAGAGGUUAGGGAAAUGUGGAUUUUCUGUGCAGAAUGCAGCCAUGAUAUUUGAUGGUUCCGCCCCGUCUGCGAAAACCAUUGAUGUUAUACAGAACCAUGAAUUCGUCGGUAAGCUUAGUAUGAGGAUCUGUUUGGACGGCGGGUAUCAUAUGUUUGACGAAGAUCCACGGUACACUAGUGAUGUGAAUCCAACAUGUGAUUUAUUAUGGAGACCAACCAUUGGAGUUUUUGAGUUGGGGAUAUUGAAUGCUACAGGGCUUUCAGCGAUGAAACCACACGGCCGCACUGAUGCCUAUUGUGUGGCUAAAUAUGGAUCGAAAUGGGUACGGACGAGAACCGUUGUUAAUAGUCUUUCUCCUAAGUGGAAUGAGCAAUACUCUUGGGUUGUCUAUGAUCCAUGUACAUUUGUCACAAUUUCUGUGUUUGAUAAUAGUCAAUUACAUGAUGGAAAUAUAGCUACAGAAGCAAGGGAUAUAAGGAUAGGGAGAGUGAGAAUCUCUCUAUCAGAAAUGGAAACCGGUAGAAUUUACAUCUAUUCUUAUCCUCUUGUUGAACUUCAACCUUCUGGCCUGAAGAAGAUGGGGGAACUUCAAUUAGCUUUCAAGUUUACUCGCAAUAGUAUGCUUAAUGUGUAUAAAAUGUACACAUUGCCAAUGCUUCCGGGACAACAUACGUCUGAUCCGCUGUCUCCAAUUCAGUUCUAUGCAUUAAGGAAACAGACUAUCAUGCUUGUGUCAUCACAUAUGAGCAAAGCUGAACCACCAUUGAGAAGAGAGGUUGUUGAUUAUAUGCUAGAUUCACGUGAAAUUGUGUGGAGUAUGAGAAGAUGUCGAGCUGAUUUCGAUAGGAUCAACGCCUUUGUAAGUUGGUUUGUUGGUAUCUACACUCAAUUUGACGAGAUACGCAUGUGGAAAAAUCCUACUUUAACAACUAUAAUUUGCCUGGUUCUUUAUAUUUUGAUUAUUCACCCUCAACAUUUGUUGCCAGCAAUGUUUUCCUGUCUUAUCCUGCAUAUGCUGCAGAAGCUUGUAAAGAAGCCAAAAAUACUAUCUCAUGUAAAUUUGCAUUUGUCUCAUGUUCAUACAUCGAGUGUAGAUGAAUUGGAAGAAGAGUUUGAUCCAAUGCCUUCGAAAUUCGAAGACGUCAUUUUGAGGCAUAGAUAUGAUCGAUUAAGAGUAGCUGCUGGGAGACACGUAACGCAGAUGGGCGAGUUUGCCACGAGAAUAGAGAAAUUGCAGUCUCUUUUGAGUUGGCAUGAUUCAACAGCUACGUUUAUAGUUAUGAGUUUGUGUCUGGUAGCUGGAAUUGUGACUUUGGUUGUUCCUUUUAAAGCUAUUGUCUUUGUUUGGUUGCUACAUUUGCUAAGGCACCCGAUAUUUCGGUCACCCUUUCCUCCCUCUUAUGAAAAUUGGCUUAGAAGAAUGCCUUCAAAAUUAGAUAACAUGAUAUGA